CAGCUCCAAGCAGAAAGACGGCGUCUGAGGCGUACUCAACCGUUAUGGCUAAAUCUGCCUUCCGUUGCGUGGAGUUACUUGCGAUGGCGUGUUUCGGCGUGCGGCAGCCAAAGGGAUCCUAACGAAGCACGGGAUGCUGUGCAGCAUUACAGAAGAGGGAGGAAGAGGGAACCGGCAGGCGGCGAGGGCAAAUGGCUUCUCCGGUGUUGUCUUUAACAAGGGAUGGUGAGAAGCAACCGCAUCCCCCCGCCGUCCUUGAGCGCCUCUCCGCUGUGCUGCACGUCCGCAAGCAAAGUGAAUCAACAGGAGGGGGCUCCCUCGGGGACGCCGGCUGUAACCCGGCCCGGAGCUGCCAUGACCGGUGUCAUUCAGCUGCGAGGCGCUCGGAGGUCAAACUGCGCCCUCUUGGGGAGGAGAAAGUGCGCGUCUGCUGUGACGAGGAAUUGGAGACAUCGUUCACCUACAUAGAUGAGAAUGUCAACCUGGCGAUUGGUAGCCCAGAGACGAGCUGUAAAAGUUCUCAUAGAACCGGGCGCAACUGCGAGCCAUGCUCAGAGACGCUACCAGAAUUUUCUUUCAUGUCUGAGGAUGAGCUUUCCUUUGGGGAGGCCUCAGGCUCCUCAGUGGACUACUGGUUUAUUAGUGCAGUCACGUUUUUGGUGACAGGCAUCUCGUUGGUGAUCAUCUCCUACGCUGUGCCCCGGAAUGUGGUCGUGGACAGGGACAGUGUCUCGGCCAGGGAGAUGGAGAGAAUGGAACUGGAAAGGGCACGCAUUGGAGCUCACCUGGACCGGUGCGUCAUAGCAGGAUUGUGCUUGCUGACUCUGGGAGGGGUUGUGCUUUCCACUCUGCUUAUGAUCUCCAUGUGGAAAGGAGAGAUGUACAGGAGGAAAGUCAUUGCUUAUUCUAAACGUUCCGCCAAACUGUAUGGCUCCAUUAGCCUGAAAACUAAAUCCAGUCCCAGUCACUCCUCUGCACACUUGUCCCUGGAGGAUAUAGUGGAAAGUCUGAACUAGCAACAUACAGUUUUGAGUCAAACGAUGAGCUUCAUACAAAUUGUCAUCACUUCUUCACUUGUGCACAUCGGAUGUGCAAGUAUGCACUAUUUUAGUUUUCGCUGUCCACUUUCAGAAAAAGGGCAUUUCUAUUCCUCAUAUGUCGGGUGUGAGCAGAGCUGAAGAGCCUAUGCCAGCUGAAUUUGGAGUCCAUCCCAUGUCUGGCCAAUCGCAAUGAUUUAGUCCAAAUUAAUGGCAUUCAUUUACAUAUUAUUUUCAUAUGUUGCAACUCAAUCCGUUUAUCAUUUUCUAGUUCAGAACCAUGCAAUUGUCUUCAGAAAGGGCAUAAAAAGAGUUAUGCUUCACAAUAAUGUCUACAUGACGUGGCAAAUCAGCACCUCCAGAACAUAUUGUCAUCCUCCGAGAAUAAAGGCUGAAGUCUUUUUUUGAGCUUUUCCAGAAAAGGUAGAAAAACUAAACCAAAUUCUGAAUUAGAUUUAUUAAUAAUUUAAUUUCAGGGUUAUGGAUAAUAGAUGCCAGCCUGAGUUGUACCUUCUAUUUACCUUCUACAGCAAUGCAGAUGUUCUAACAAUUAGACGUUAAAUCUGUUAUGAUGGUGUGUAAACAUUAAGUCUUAAACAUUGUUGCCAUUGUUCACAUACUACGUCUGAAGCUAACGGCACACAAAAACUAUUUACAAACCACACAGUAUUACUUUAAAAGAGGUGCAGCUCUGGUUAAUUAAAUUUUCAAGCUAAAAAUUAUACGUCUGAUUUACUGUUCAUAUUUGGCACUAUGGUGGAGAGCUAGUUGCAGAGCCACAUUUAGUGACGCCCACAGCAUAUUCCCAUUUUCAUGCUUGCAAUCGAAGAGCUUUUUUAUAUGUUCUACCAAAUAUGAUAUAUAAAUCUACUAUUACUAAAUAUUGCAAUUAUUGGGGGAUAAAAUGACUUGCAAGUAAGGUACUGUAAUAGCAAUCCUUAUUUUCUUUGCCAAUCUUUCUUUUAUAGUUUGGAACUCUCUGACUCGAACAACUUAGCCUUAUGGAGAACAUUGAAAAUUAAUACUUUAAGGGCUACACAUGAACUCCUAUUAUAUCCUUAUUUCUGACAGUGGACAGAGUUUACUGAGCAGCCGUGUUCCAAAUAAACACUCCACAGUAGUUAAAUACUGCAUUUCCUCCAAAGUGGUUGAGGCCCUUUAUUUACUGUAUGGCAGCCAGAUGUAUGUUUAUUUGUUCAAAUAUUGUGAAAUCCAUGCAAACAAGGUUACAGUUAAGAUAAUUAGAGCUACUGUUUUACCAUAUAUUUGUAUUUAUAAGUGGAGAGAAAGGAGGUGUUGGUUAUUUCAAGUGGAUGGCACAGUCUUAUAGAGCAGAUGCUUGUAUUUUGAUGGUGUACGGUCAAAAACUGUACUAUAACACUGAUCAUAAACAACACACACUGAACCCUAUCUUACAAUAUUAGUGGAGCAUGCUAACAGCUUUAUCAACAUACACUUGAAUGCCUUUUUGGGUCCACAGGAAAUCUGGGAGAGCUUCUAUUUACUAUUAAGGCUAUUUAUUUUUAAUGUGAAGAUUCUGAACCGCAAAGUCAUACGCAGACGUAUUUCAGGAAGUAGCCAGAGUCCCUAGAGUGGAGGUGAGUCGGGCUUCUAAGAGGUCUACUCACUCUGUGGAAUCUUCUGCUCAGUGGUGUGCAUGGUAAUAUCCAGUGACAGUCCCUCUGUGGUGCACUGCAGAGGUAAGCUAGUAAGCCCAGUUUUGUGCAUCUGAGCCAAAGCUCCAAGUCGCUUUGACUGAACUCAGCAAUUUGACUGCAAUGGACAGUCCUGUCAUGCACGGUGCACAUUCCUCUGUCCUGAUCUUGUGAGCUUCACUUUAUAAUCAAGCUUUUUCUGCUUUCUGGAUAAUACAUCAUUGUCUUUAGCCCUUUAUCACUGCAAGGCUGGAUGAUAUGACAGCCUAAGUAUCAUUUGAAGCUGAUAAGCAUUUUCCCUCAGCAGAAUCUGUCUCUGUCUUCUUUUCACUUGUCCACACUAGAAUGGCAAUAUUAAUCGACUUAAGGAAUGGCUGAGUAUAUGUAAGCUUACAUAUACAAUUUGGUAAAAUAAAAAAGAUCAGAAUAAUUUGUUGAGUGUUGUUGAUGGCAGUGAUAUUCUGUGUAAAAACACAAUCAUAAGAUCAUGAUUUCAAGUAAAACAAAUACUUUGGUUCAGAUGAGGAACAUGUUACUCACCCACCCUUUCAGAUUUAAAUAAUCAUGUAAUUUCACUGAUUUAAUGUCAUUUUCAGAUGAAGAAAUUGUAAUUACAUGGUACACACAUUUUCUCUGUUCCUUGGGAUGCUGCUGAAAUGGUAGCAUUCAUGCGUGCCAGCAGAAAAUAAAGAAUGCCACAAGAUGAC